CGAAGGCGAAGCAAAUUGAUGCGUGGUGUGGUGUGGUGUAAUGUGGAAGUGUUGUUUACGUAUUUAAAAACUGUAAAAUAAUGUAGCGAUUUAUCAAUAAAUAUUUAUUAUGGCUAUUCGCAGUAUAGCGGAAUAGAUAUUAAACCAAAAUAUAUCGGCUAAAUACAAAAAAAACCCAUAUUUGAUGGUAUUUAUUGUAUUUGUUUGGUGUACGUGCAGGUUUUUGUGUCGGUAAUGGCUGCCUGAAUAGAAAACAAAUUCAACAAAAAGGCUUCUGGUAAAGAAUUUCUAAUUAAAUUUAAAGAUUUUCAUGCUGACAGUGCAAGAUUUUCGUGGAAAUUGAUCCGUUUCUUCGAAAAACAUGGGUGAAAACAACCACAGACGCCACAAAAUCAUGGUUUUCCGGCCCACAUGGGACGAAUUCAAGGAUUUUGGAAACUAUGUAAAGUACAUGGAAUCGAUGGGUGCAAAUAAAGCUGGCCUAGCUAAGAAAAAAUCCAUGAGUAUUCAACAAUAUGCCGAACUGGCCAAUUCAGAACGUUAUGCCACCCCUAAACACUUUGACUAUGAAGAUCUGGAAAGGAAAUACUGGAAAAAUAUCACUUAUGUCGCACCAAUCUAUGGAGCAGAUGUCUCUGGGAGUUUAACUGAUGAAGAGGUCAAUGAAUGGAACAUAAACAGACUAGGCACGAUUUUGGACUAUGUGAAUGAGGAUUAUGGUAUUUCAAUUGAAGGGGUUAAUACAGCUUAUUUAUACUUUGGCAUGUGGAAAACCACUUUUGCUUGGCACACUGAGGAUAUGGAUCUUUAUUCAAUCAACUAUUUGCAUUUUGGAGCACCAAAAACAUGGCAAGUUGAAUUUAUUUGA